AUGAGGGUAUACGUAGUGGUCAUCGCUGCCGCGGCUCUGCUGGGCCUCGCGGGCGCGCGCGUGUCCGACCCGCAGCACCCCGAGUUGCCGCCGGGCGGGCGAGCAGCGCCGGCCGCCGAGUUGCUCGCCAGCUACUGGUACGAGGACGCGCGCGCGGCCAUCGCGGCGCGGCGGCCGCUGGCGCGCGGCGGCGGCGCGGCGCGCAACGUGGUGCUGUUCCUGGGCGACGGCAUGUCCGUGCCCACGCUGGCGGCCGCGCGCGCGCUGCUGGGCCAGCGCGCCGGCCGCCCGGGCGAGGAGGCGCAGCUGGCCUUCGAGGCCUUCCCCAGCGUCGGCCUGGCCAAGACGUACUGCGUGAACGCGCAGACGGCGGACUCGGCGUGCUCCGCCACGGCCUACCUGUGCGGCGUGAAGGCCAACGGCGGCACGCUGGGCCUGGCCGCCGCCGUGCCGCGCGGCAACUGCUCGGCGUCGCUGCAGCCCGCCGCGCGCCUGGACUCGGUGGCGGCGUGGGCGCUGCAGGCCGGCCGAGACGCGGGCAUCGUGACCACCACGCGCGUGACGCAUGCAUCGCCGGCCGGCGCCUACGCGCGCGCCGCCGACCGCAACUGGGAGAACGACGCGGCCGUGCGCGCCGCCGGCCUCGACCCCGCCUCGUGCCCCGACAUCGCGCAGCAGCUGGUGCACGCGGCGCCCGGGAACCAGUUCAAGGUAAUUUUGGGAGGAGGCCGACGGGAGUUCUUGCCCGAGACCAGCGUAGACGAGGAGGGCACACGCGGCCUGCGUACUGACGGCAGGAACCUGAUCGACGAGUGGCAGCGCGACAAGGCGGCCCGCAACGCGAGCCACCAGUACGUGUGGCACCGUGACCAGCUGCUGGCCGCCAAUGCCACGCCGCCCGACUUCCUGCUGGGCCUGUUCGAGGGCAACCACCUGCGCUACAACAUGCUCACCGACCCCGCCACCGAGCCCUCGCUGGCCGAACUCACCGAGGUGGCCAUCCGCAUGCUGCGCCGCAACGACAAAGGCUUCUUCCUGUUCGUGGAGGGCGGCCGCAUCGACCACGCGCACCACGACAACCAGCCGGCGCUGGCGCUGGACGAGACCAUCGAGCUGAGCGCGGCCGUGGCGCGCGCCGCCGCGCUGCUGGACGAGGCCGACUCGCUGCUGGUGGUGACGGCCGACCACGCGCACGUCAUGGCCUUCAACGGCUACAGCGCACGCGGCGCCGAUGUGCUGGGUGCGUCGCGCAGCCGCGACGCCGACGGCGUGCCUUACAUGACGCUGUCCUACACCAACGGGCCGGGGCGGCGGCGCGACGUGGGCGAGCGGCGCGCCGACGUCACGCAGGAGCCCGACUUCCGGACGCCGCGCUGGGCCGCGCACGUGGACGUGCCGCUUGCGUCGGAGACGCACGGCUCGGACGACGUGGCGGUGUUCGCGUGGGGCCGCCACAACGAGAUGUUCUCGGGCCUGUACGAGCAGAGCCACGUGGCACACCGCCUGGCCUACGCGGGUUGCUUCGGGCGCGGCGAGCAGGCGUGCGGCGCGGCGCGCACCCUGCGGCCCGGCCUGGCCGCGCUGGUGCCGCUGCUGGCGCUGCUGCGGCUGCGCGGCUGA